AUGCAGGCUCUCUCAAGUUUUGUUCCAAGUGACCCGUUUCACCAACUUACGGUUACGCUGUGCCUCGUCGGUGUGUUUCUUACUGUGGUAUUUGCUCUUGCGUUCAGGCCGAAGAGCAAAGAUCAGGCGCCGAGUACGUUCGAAGCUUACCUCAAGUUCAUCUAUGGGUGCUUCUUGAAGCCUCAUACUGGAGACGGAUCUGGAAGUCAGCAGGAUGCUCUGGUACGUUUGAAGAAGGUACAAAACUCGGGGCUUGUCUCAUGGAAUGAACAGGAAAGCUUCUACAAAGCUCAAGCCGACGUCUACGAUGCCACCCGGCUCAAGCUUCUUCGGGGCCGUGAGGAUAUGCUGGGACUGGUCGCUGCACAGCUGAAGCACCGAACCGAAGCGGGCCUAAUCUCGCAACGACCAGUCUGGGUUGAUGUACGUGACAAUGUCGUCGACCUCUCCCCCUCUCUCUGCGAGAUGGCCCGGAAAAGGUUCGCCCGUCUCGGCUGGACGAACGUAAAGGUCAUCUGCCAGGAUGCGCGCGCCUUCCGUCUUCACGAACACGAACCGCAAGCAUACGAACGCAAGGAAAUGAUCUCCAAAGAGCAAACUGUUCGCGACCUCGACGAGAACGCGGAUGCUGGUGGUGCUGAGCUUGUCACUAUGAGCUAUGCUCUCAGCAUGAUCCCCGAGUUCUACCCUGUCAUCGACUCAAUCGAUAGCUUGAUGAGCCCCAACGGCGUCAUCGGUGUUGUCGACUUUUACGUGCAGAACCAGGUCGACUUCAUGGGUAGGAACUACAUGGGUGGUGCUAUUGAUCGUCACUGCAUGUGGAUUUCGCGUGUGUUCUGGCGGACAUGGUUUGAGAUUGACCGUGUUAAUCUUGAGCCUGCGCGACGAGACUAUCUUGAGUACCGGUUUGGCACGGUCCUUAGUAUCAACGCUCGCAACAACUUCUUCGGCACCGGUAUCAAGCUCCCCUACUUCAUCUGGCUCGGUUGCUCAAAAGACCAUGGCGCAUCCACACAGAAGCUCGCUGAGAUCGAUGCCGCUGCUACUGAAUCGCCUUACCUCACAGCUCUUGAUCUCCAAACAGGAGCUACGCAGACUGACGUCGAAGUCCACUCAAAGGCCUACGAGUCGGCAGUGGUGAACCUACAAUCCAGCCUCCCACUCCCGGCAACAUGGUACCAGAACCACCACUGGCGCAUCCACUACGACUCCUCUCUGCCUAAGGGUUAG